AUGAAAUUAAUUGAAGAAGAUUUUCAUUUAGUUCAAAAUGCUGUUAAGAAAAAUUCUUUUGGUGAAGAAAAUUUCCAAAAUGCACUCUAUCAUUGUUUCUCUUAUUCAGGUAAUGAAAUUGAUUGUACAGUAUUUGUGAAUCUCUAUGCUAAAUUUGGUAUAAUCACUGUGAAACUUGCUCAUAUGUUAGAAUCAUCGAAAACUUCUUAUAAUGAUCAUAGGUGGAACUAUUUUGAUAAUAUUAAACAAAUAUCAGAUCAAGAUGUUAUUAAUCAAUUAUUCCAAUUUUUAGAUUCUAUGUUAAUUAAUGUAGAAUUUACUCGUUUUUCAUUUAUACGACGAUUACUUGUUCAACUCGCAUAA